AUGAGUUCAGCCUAUCAUCCUCAGACAGAUGGUCACUGUGAGAGGACGAUCCAGUCACUUGAGGACUUGCUACGGACAUGUAUACUGGAUCACUUGGGCGCUUGGGAUGAAGUCUUACCAUUGAUUGAGUUCACCUAUAAUAAUAGUUUCCACGCGAGCAUAGGGAUGGCACCUUAUGAGGCUCUUUAUGGCCGGAAGUGUAGGACUUCUUUGUGUUGGUAUCAGGAUGGGGAGAUCUCAAGGAGGAUUGGGUCGGUGUCUUAUGAGAUAGCUUUGUGCCCUCAGUUGGCAAAUCUUCACCCGGUGUUCCACAUGUCGCAGUUGAGGAAGUAUGUCUUUGAUCCCUCUCAUGUGCUAGAAGCAGAGGAUGUACAGAUCAGGGAGGAUGUCACAGUGAAAGUACCACCAAUGGCUUUAAAGGUUAGAAAAAUUAAGGAACGCGGGGGAAAACAAGUCAGUCUAGUCAAAGUCAUAUGGGAUCGAAAAACCGGCGACUCGACUUGGGAGUUGGAGGAAGAUAUGAGGAAGUCCCAUCCACAAUUGUUUACCUGGUAA